AUGUCUGAUAACGUUGGUCUCAACACUCCCCGAGGCAGUGGCACCUCGGGCUACGUCCAACGCAACCUUGCCCAGAUCAAGCCUCGCGACUACGGUGCUCCUUAUCCCAAAGACCUCGAUAGCUUGCGACACAAGCAACGCCAGCCAGAUAAGGGAAUCCUGGAGCAUGAUCGCAAGCGUGAGGUCGAAGUUAAGGUCUUUGACUUGAGGGACAAGCUUGAAGAAGAAGAGGUCGACGAAGAUGAGAUCGAUAGGCGAUGCGACGAGCUCCGACAAAAACUCCUUGCCGAGAUGAAUUCUGGGAGGAGAGGCGGUCAAAGAAAGACAUUCAAGCAACACCAGGUUCACGAGAUGGCCGAUGCCAAGAUCAAGGAGAGCGAACGACUACGGAAAGCAUUGAAGAUCAGCGCAGACUAUGAAGAGGGAGGUCAUUGGAAGCGGCAAGAAGAGAGGCUGCGCAGUGCUUUGGAGAAGGAAGAGGAGCAGGGUGAAGGUGACGACGAUAGGAAAAGUGAGCCAAGAGACUAG